AUGGCGAUACUCACUAACGAUGCCGACUACGAUGCCGGCGAAACGUUUGGGAAUCGAGCGCCUUUAGAUGUGACUCUGCCGAUACCGGAUGGUCCGAAGGCUGAAUCGCUUUUGCCAGGCAAGCGAGAGCCUCCUAAGAAAAAUUUUGAUGGAAAGGCUGACUCAUUUGAGAUUAAAGGCGAUGGCACCGUGUUAUUGAAGGAAUGCGGGCAGCCUGGGCUUGAGCAGAUUCGUCGAGAGAUUGAUGAUGUUGGUGAAUGCAGAGAAUCUUCAGAAAUGCGGGUAUCUGAGAGCAAACUCUUAAAAUCAGAAUGA